AUGGGCUUGGCGUCAUGCGUAUCUCCGUUAUACAUCCAAGAACUUUCGCCCACACGUCUACAGGGUCGUAUGGUCGUAUCCAACCCAUACGCGAUGGUCGUAUCCAACCCAUACGCGAUGGUCGUAUCCAACCCAUACGCGAUGGUCGGCUUGGGUGCGGUACCAGCAGCGAUCCAGGUUGUGUUUCUGUUUGUGAGAGUCCUCGUGUACUUGUUGGAAGAAAGGACGGAGGAGGUCGAUUUGAAGGUAAAUGACAAUGCCUUCUACAUCAGUAUCCUAUCUCUCACCUUUUCUUUCCCCAGGUCAGAGGCUUCUAAGCUUCGGUCCAACGAAGCAUCGACAUCACCACCAACACCACCUUCCUCCAAUGUCUCCACUUGA